UAAUUCCAUGACAAGUGACAAGUUUAGUUUAAGGCUUAAGGUUUAACUGGGUUUAGCACAAGUUUAUAAUUUUUAGAUAUAAUUUGUAAAAGUGUAGCAAAAGUGGCACACACCAGAAUCAGAACAGAAAAACAAAGAUCAGGCAUUGUAAUUAAGGUUAGCUAAUCCAAUUAAAAUAAAACUCAAAUGAUUUGACAUUUUUGAAUAUUUAUAAUGCUGAGUUUUUUAAAUGCACACAUUCCAAACUGUAUUACUCAAGGGGCAAUAGCAGCAUAUUUUAAAGGACAAGCAUAUUGGAGAAACGGUUUUAAAGGAUAUCACAGUAAUCAACUUACAAUAACAUUUGAGAAAAUGAAGAUAAAAAUCCUUCCAGCCCUUUCAGAUAACUAUAUGUAUUUGAUUUCAUGUGAAAAUACAAAAGAAGCCGCAAUAAUAGAUCCAGUAGAACCUGAUACUGUGUUGGAGGCAGUUAAAGUAGAAGGAGUCAAUCUUACAAAGAUUUUGACUACACAUCAUCAUUGGGACCAUGCUGGUGGUAAUGAACAACUUAUUAAUAAAGCUUCAGGAAAGUUGCAAGUUUUGGGAGGAGAUCAAAGAAUUGGUGGUUUGACUCAAGAAGUAAAACAAGGAGACAAGUUUCAAAUAGGAGAUAUCGCAGUGGAAUGCUUAUUUACACCAUGCCACACCAGUGGACACAUAUGUUAUUAUUUAACUGCACCUGGACAAGAUCCUGCUGUUUUUACAGGGGAUACGUUAUUCAUAGCUGGUUGUGGUAGAUUUUUUGAAGGAACAGCUGAACAGAUGUAUUCUGCACUUGUUGAAAAACUGGGAAAGUUACCCGAUAACACACGGGUCUUCUGCGGUCAUGAAUACACAUUACAAAAUCUAAAAUUUGCCAAAUCUGUCGACCAAAACAACCAAGAUGUACUCAAGAAAAUAGAAUGGGCUGAAGGGCAGAGGAAAAAAGGGCUACCAACGGUGCCAUCUACAAUUGGAGAAGAAAAGACCUACAAUCCGUUUAUGAGGGUGACUACAAGCGUGAUCCAAAAUCAUGCGGGCUGUACAUCACCAAUCGAAGCUAUGAAAAGCAUUAGAAAAGAAAAAGAUAAUUUCGUUCCUUCGUAAACCGUAAUAUCAAUAUAUUUCUCAACCUGAUAUUUUUUUAUUGUUUUUAAUUUGUUGCAAAUAUACUGUUAGUUACGUCAUAUAA